UUACGAAGAAUCAUAAACCAAAACAAAAAGAAAAAAAAAACGUUCAAGAAGCAAGCAAAAUACGAAUGACAUCUUCUCCAGGGAUGGGGCAUUCAGCCCAUCUCGUUUAUGCUCUUGGUUUUGUUAUCAUGGCAACAAUGGUUGCUGCUUCUUAUGAGCCCUACACAUAUAGCUCUCCACCACCACCGUCACCAGUGUACAAUUCUCCUGCACCAAAGGUUGAUUAUAAAUCACCACCACCACCUUAUGUAUACACCUCUCCACCACUUCCACCGCAUUAUUCGCCAUCUCCUAAAGUAGAUUAUAAGUCUCUACCACCACCUUAUGUCUACAGUUCUCCACCACCACCACCAUACUAUGCACCUUCUCCUAAGGUAGACUACAAAUCUCCACCACCUUCUUAUGUAUACAACUCUCCACCACCACCAUCUUAUUCACCUUCUCCUAAAGUUGAUUAUAAAUCUCCACCACCUCCUUAUGUCUAUAGCUCUCCACCACCACCCCCAUACCUCUACAACUCACCACCACCACCGCCGUAUUACUCACCUUCUCCGAAAGUGGAUUACAAAUCUCCUCCACCUCCUUAUGUUUACAACUCUCCACCACCACCAUACUAUUCACCUUCUCCCAAAGUAGACUACAAAUCUCCACCACCUCCUUACGUCUAUAGCUCUCCACCACCACCCCCAUAUGUUUACAACUCACCACCACCGUACUACUCUCCUUCUCCAAAAGUAAAUUACAAGUCUCCUCCACCACCGUAUGUAUACAAUUCACCACCACCACCAUACUAUUCACCUUCUCCAAAGCCCACAUACAAAUCUCCACCACCUUCAUACAUUUAUAAUUCUCCACCACCACCAUAUUACUCACCUUCUCCAAAGGUUGACUACAAAUCUCCACCACCUCCUUAUGUUUACAAAUCUCCUCCACCACCAUAUUACUCGCCUUCACCUAAACCAACAUACAAGUCCCCACCACCUCCAUAUGUUUACAACUCUCCUCCACCACCAUACUACUCACCUUCACCCAAACCCACAUACAAAUCUCCACCACCACCAUAUGUCUACAGUUCUCCACCACCACCAUACUACUCUCCUUCUCCUAAACCCGCAUACAAAUCUCCACCCCCACCAUAUGUCUACAGCUCUCCACCACCACCGUACUACACGCCUUUACCUAAACAUGCAUACAAAUCUCCACCACCACCAUAUGUCUACAACUCUUCCCCACCACCGUACUACUUGCCUUCGCCUAAGCAUGUUUACAAAUCCCCACCACCACCAUAUGUCUACAGCUCCCCACCUCCACCUUACUAUUCUCCUUCUCCUAAAACUACAUAUAAAUCUCCACCACCACCAUAUGUCUACAGUUCUCCACCACCACCAUAUUACUCGCCUUCUCCUAAGCCUGCAUACAAAUCCCCACCACCACCAUAUGUCUACAGCUCCCCACCUCCACCUUACUAUUCUCCUCCACCUAAACAUGCAUACAAAUCUCCCCCACCGCCAUAUGUUUACAACUCUCCACCACCACCAUACUAUUCUCCAUCACCUAAGGUUGUGUACAAAUCUCCACCACACCCACAUGUAUGUGUUUGUCCACCUCCUCCUCCAUGCUACUCUCCUUCUCCAAAGAUUGAGUACAAAUCUCCACCAACACCAUAUGUUUACCAUUCUCCACCUCCCCCAUCUUAUUACUCGCCUUCACCUAAACCCGCAUAUAAAUCUCCACCACCACCAUAUGUCUACAGCUCUCCACCACCACCAUACUACUCGCCUUCACCUAAACCCGCCUACAAAUCUCCACCACCACCAUAUAUCUACAGCUCUCCCCCACCACCAUACUACUCACCUUCCCCUAAGACAACAUACAAAUCUCCACCACCACCAUAUGUCUACAACUCUCCACCACCACCAUAUUAUUCUCCUUCUCCAAAAGUAGAGUACAAGUCUCCACCACCACCAUAUGUAUACAGCUCUCCCCCUCCACCACCAUAUUAUUCACCUUCUCCAAAGGUUGAAUACAAAUCUCCACCACCACCAUAUGUAUACAGCUCUCCACCUCCACCACCAUAUUAUUCUCCUUCUCCGAAGGUUGAUUACAAAUCUCCUCCGCCCCCGUAUGUAUACAGCUCUCCACCUCCACCACCUUAUUACUCUCCUUCGCCGAAGGUUGAAUACAAAUCUCCUCCACCACCGUAUGUCUACAGCUCUCCACCUCCACCACCUUAUUACUCUCCUUCGCCGAAGGUUGAAUACAAAUCUCCUCCACCACCGUAUGUCUACAGCUCUCCACCUCCACCACCUUAUUACUCUCCUUCGCCGAAGGUUGAAUACAAAUCUCCUCCACCACCGUAUGUCUACAGCUCUCCACCUCCACCACCUUAUUACUCUCCUUCGCCGAAGGUUGAAUACAAAUCUCCUCCACCACCGUAUGUCUACAGCUCUCCACCUCCACCACCUUAUUAUUCUCCUUCGCCGAAGGUUGAAUACAAAUCUCCUCCACCACCGUAUGUCUACAGCUCUCCACCUCCACCACCUUAUUACUCUCCUUCGCCGAAGGUUGAAUACAAAUCUCCUCCACCACCGUAUGUCUACAGUUCUCCACCUCCACCACCAUAUUACUCUCCUUCUCCGAAGGUUGAAUACAAAUCUCCUCCACCACCAUAUGUUUACAGUUCUCCACCUCCACCACCAUAUUACUCUCCUUCGCCGAAGGUUCAAUACAAAUCUCCUCCACCACCAUAUGUCUACAGUUCUUCACCUCCACCUCCUUAUUACUCUCCUUCCCCAAAGGUUGAAUACAAAUCUCCUCCACCACCAUAUGGCUACACAUCUCCACCACCACUAACAUAUUCUCCUUCACCAAAAGUUGAAUACAAAUCUCCUCCCCCACCUUCAUAUUAUUAACCUGGUAUAUGUAACUCAUAAAUAAGACAUCAAGUCUCAUAUGAUGUCCUAUGUUUUUUAUUAUUCUGUUCCUCGUUCUUUUUAAAUUUUCAAGGUUCAUAUGAAUUCUUUGGCUAUUGAAAUUUCAUUUAAAUUCAUGUUUCCAUUUGUAAUUCCUAUGGGAGGGCUGCCUUUCAUUCAUAUGUAACCUGUUAUAAUUCUAUAAAUUGUGUUCUUUACC